UCUCCAAUAUUGACCACGUGAUUUUAUAACAUAGAUGCACACAUGCAUGUAUUAUCAUACAAUACAAAAACAACAUUUUAUAACUGAGAAACUAAAUUAUUAUUGUUAAGCUUAUUAUAAACAUGUUUGAGCAGGUAUUUGCAAACAGAGUAGGCUACUUCACAGUAAAGAUUGGUCUAAACUUUCUUAGACAUUACUUUUAUAUCAUUGUUUAUAGAACAUAUAACUAUCCUCACGUCGUGCAACAUUUAAUUAAAUGUUAAGGUCUGAAUAACAGAAUAAAACAAAAAAGGACUAAAAGCACUUAUGUAAACCAUCAUGAAAUUAAUUGUUCUGACUUUCUCAUGUCAACCUUACUGUACAGUACAGCCGUCCAUAGAGGUUUUCAGAUGCUGUUUACGUAAAAUGAAUAUGUACACAGAGUGCUUUUUUCCCCCAGUGUGUGUUUUAAGUGAACUGCACUAAAAUCCUGGAGUAAACUGUACUCGCACCACCUCCUGAGGUAGUCUGAGUGUUGGGGCGUUCUUGUAAAAUUCAACUGAACUGUGUAUAUCCACUGUAUGGAUGGUGCAGCAUAUUACAGAUGUAUGUAUUUACAAAUGUUCUGUGCAUCAUUCUGUGUUUUUAAUACUAUAUUUUAAUUUCUGCAGCUAGAAAUGGAGAAUGUUUCUAGACGACGCAGGCUUAAGCCUGUAUGUGAUGCAGAGGCACACAUAAAAUCAAGAACCGACAAGCCGUACCUUGAGCAGCGGCUCAUUAACAAGUUCAAAGGACGAGGAGUAUUUACAAAACAGGUUAUUUGGAAAGGGGAUUUCGUGCUGGAGUAUCAUGGGAAACUGCUUACACAGGAACAGGGAGAUGUGAGAGGAAAACAGUAUAAGGAAUCCUCUAAAGUAUUUCUUUUUGAUUUCCAGUGGAGAGGACAGAUGUGUUGUAUGGAUGCACCUGAGGAGGACGGCAGCCUGGGCAGACUGGUCAAUGAUGAUCACAAAAAACCCAACUGCAAAUUUAAGAUUAUAGCUGUCAAUAACCACCCGCACUUAUGCCUUUUUGCAAUUGCUGAUAUUUUACCUGGGCAAGAAUUAACAUAUAAUUACGGAACAUCAGACUGGCCAUGGAGAACCCAGGUAAAAAGAUGUUUUCCCCCCAAUAUGCAACAAAGCAUGGACAUGUUUUUUAUAACAAAUAUCUAAACAUCUUUAAAUCAAGAUACACUUAUUGUGAGUUGCAGCAUGAAGAAUAAAAAGAUGAGUUUAUGCUUAAAGCAAGAACAAAUAUCUGUAAAUAGGGUAUGCAAAUAGUUGAUUUUUCUUAGCCUGUUGGCAGAUACAUGUUUCUGUUUUAAACUUGCUUAAUUUUGAUCAAUUUCUCAAAAGCAAGACUUCUUAUCUUAAGUAAUGUAUCUUGAUUUAA